CUUUUGUUUCGGCAUGCGUUGGCUUCCUGUACUUAGGAAACUCUCAUUGAGGAAGAAUCGGAACCCAUGGAAAUGACAACCGAUACCACUGAGAAAAGCCGUCAUACGGCUCUUGAUGAUGGAUUUUUCACAGCAUCAGGAGCAGACGACAAAAAUGCACCUAGUCAGGCAGCCAAACUGGAGGCAAUCGGCGAGGAAGGUCUUGCCAUUGAUCCUGUCAUUGAGAAGCGGGUGCUGCGAAAAAUCGACCUCUUCUUGAUGCCGGCUAUGAUGAUAGGCUACGGCUUGGUUUACUAUGAUAAGGCGAUUCUUGGAAGUGCUGCUUUAUUCGGAAUGACUGGUGACCUGCAUCUGUCCGUCGUCGAUACCUCUUUCACCCCGCCAAAGACCGACACAACGCGACUAAGUUGGGCAACUUCAAUAUUCUACUUUGGUCAGUUAAUCGGUUCGUAUCCAAUGACGUAUCUACUUCAGUGCUUCAAUACUAGAUGGACACUCGGACCCGUGGUCAUGAUUUGGGCAGUCAUUUGUGCAGCGACAGCGGGAGUGACGACUUGGCAAGGUCUCCUGGUUCAAAGAUUCUUUUUAGGUUUCACGGAGUCUGUCAUUCCAACAGCUUUUAUGACUAUCGUCAGCGGCUAUUACACCCAAAGAGAACAAGCACUCCGCCAGAGUUGGUGGUUUUCCGGAACUGGCUGGUUCACCAUCAUUGGAAGCGCUCUCAACUACGGAUUCUCUCAAAUACAAGGAGGCGCCUUGACUCCAUGGCAGUACAUCUAUGUACUUGCUGGAGGCUUAACAUUCCUGUUUGGCAUUUGGUGUUUCUUUCUUCCCAAUUCUCCCCUGAUCGCCUGGUUUCUCACUGCAGAAGAGCGAGUUGUCGCAGUUGAGAGAUUACGCCAGGGACAGACUGGCGUGAAGAAUCAGACUAUCAAGACUGGCCAGAUCAAGGAGGCACUGAUGGAUGCCAAGGUCUGGCUAGUCGCUUUGACAAUGGCUUCGGGGUAUACGGUCAACGGAGCUGUCUCUGGAUUCGGUCCCCUCAUUGUGUCAACAUUCGGCUACUCAGCUUUGGACAGCAUUCUCUUCCAAUUUCCCUUGGGUGCAAUUUGCGCCAUUGGUAUCCCGCUCGCUGGCUGGGUUUGCUCUAAGUACCGCAACAUCCGGAUCCCGGUUCUAAUAGGAUGCACUCUCCCAGUCGUUGCAGGUUUCAUAAUCAUAUGGAAGUCAGACUGGAGCCAUCGUUCAGUCGCCCCUGUUGUCGGAUACUCAUUGAUUGGCUUUUUUGGGCCAGUCGUCAGCUUGACGGUCACCCUUGGGGCGAGCAACGUUGCAGGAGAAACUAAGAAAAGCUUUAUGGCGUCUGCCGUGUUCGUCGCAUACUGCGUUGGAAACAUUGUUGGUCCUCAGCUUGUGAAAAGCGAGACCAAAGCCCAGCAUUAUCCUGAGCUAUGGACGGGGUUGAUUAUUUGCCAUCUAGCUACUGCAUUACUAUUUUUAUCUUCUUCGGCUCUCUACGUCAUCCUCUAUAGAGAAAAUAAGAGACGGGAUGCUCUAGGUCUGGAUGAAAGUGAGCGACAUAGACUCACAUUCAAGGACUUGACCGACAAGGAGAAUGAGCACUUUAGAUAUGUCUUGUAG